CUUAGAGGUGAUAAUCGACCGAAGUUUUUUCGGACUCUAGCAUUGAUUUGUGAAUCGGAGUCAUUGUCUGAUGCCCAGUUGAAGGCGUAUCAAACACGUCUACAGUGCGUUUGUAUUUUUUUCAUAUUUGUUGAUAGAGAAUACCGAACUUUUUUAGAAGCCGUUAGUAGAUUGGCCAAUUGCGGAAAUGUUUGCAUAACCGAGGAGGGUGUAAUGAUAGGUGAUAAUGGCCUUCUUACAGGAGAGUCGCUAAAUGCUCUGCAACAUGCUGGGGCAAUAUCUGUUUAUAACACAUUGCAGCAAAACAACUGGGAGUUUCCGGUUCCCGAAGAGGGCGAGGUUGCUGUUCUCAAAACGCACACAACUGUGCCUGAUGAGUUUUUGGACUCCGAAAAACCUAUACGGUCGGAUUGGCCCUCCGUCUAUGUUUCGGAGUGCUUUGUUGAAGGCGAGAGGGCGAAGUUGCAUGGCUCUGCACGCCCACUGCGUUCAUUUCUUCCUCCGAGCGUUGUUUUUAGGAAUGCCGCUGAUAUUGACGACGACGUUCCAGAACCAGAAUUGCCAUCUUCGAGUGUAUUGGGGCCUGAGUCUGGACUGGAGAUAGUGUCGACUAAUCAGGGUCUCGCUAUUCGGAAAACAAGAGAUCGCGACUCAGAAAUUGAAUGCAUCCCUAUUGACGAAUACUACUACGGCAGACAGGAGGGUACCUCCAAUUACGUGGAGGAAAAGGCGGAAUUUCGUUUCAAGUGUGCUGUUUGUCAGCGAAUGUUCUAUUCUAACAUAAAGUUAAUGCAUCACAUCAUGGGACAUGUGGACGAAGGCAUCCAGGUUCUUCUGGGAUGUGCCUUAAAUCAAUGCAGGGCUUGUAACCGCACCCUCGCGAAUGCAUUCUGCCUUCGAGCUCACUUAGAAAAGGAUCAUGGUGGAGCUACGAUUGUUGAGACCCCAAAAGUAGAAGGCGAAGAAGCUGGUGGCCAGGUGGAAGUUGUGGGUUUCUCUUGUCGAAUCUGUGGUAAAGAGGCUGCUAGUGAUCUAGCCUUGGCGCACCACCUACAAUCUACUCACCGUCAGCGAGAAAUGCCCUACGUCUGUCGCAUAUGCCUCUUCAGAUCAUCUCUAUAUGAGGAUAUUCUGGAUCACUUUAAAAAGGCCCACAAUGGUUCGAAUCAUCUGCUGUGCACUUAUUGCUUGCGUAUAUUCACUCCGUCGGAUGCUCGUGUUCCGGGGAUUCCCCUGAUGUCGCCAGGCGGUGGAGGCGGUGCGGUGAGCACUGCUGGCCUCGGCGCGGGAGUCGGGCAAACUCAGGUGUACCUUCAGCACCUGCGCAUGCACCAAGUGCAGCACCAACUCCGCCGGUGUCCGACAUGCCGUCUCAACUUCACAAACAAAUCCGACUACCAGGUUCACCGCAGACUGGACCACAAGGCGUGCACCUCAAGCUCCGGUAGUAGUGCCGCCGCGGCUGAACAACAAAUGAAGCAGCAGCAAGAAGAAACGGCGCAGGAGCAGCCAUCUCAGGGUGUCGAGGAAUUUAUGACGAACACUAUUGAGACCGCUCAGGAGGCCGAAAAGCAGCCUUCGCCGUUGGUUUUCCAGCCACAAGCUGAGGCGAAGACCACAGACCAGCCUCAAGAGCCCGACGCAACGGAGGCCCCCGCGACCACAGCCGAAGACGAGGAGGAGGAGGAGGAGGAGAACCACGUGAUCCUCCUGAACGCGCCCGAACCCAGUCGCACGAAAGACCUCUCCGAGACCAAACUCCCCCCUGAGACCGCACAACUGUCCUGCCUUGAAUGCGGUGAAUCGCUCUCCUCCGUCGAUCACAAGCAGUACCUCCCAUGCUCUGCCUGUGUGUUUGCUACUUGCUGUGCCGCCGGCUUCGCCCGUCACGUUCAUCGGGCGCACAUUUAUGCCCCUGGCUCUGUUUUGACCGACUCCCACACCGGCAGCCCCAUGAUUCGUCCCGUCGCCUUCGAAUGGAUGUACAAUCAUGCGACCUCUGUGGCACCAGCCGAAGCCCAGCCAAGCCAAGCUGCCUGCAUUGAGCCCAUGGAUCAGUCUGGUCCUGAUGGCGAGCAGCCAGUUCAAGCUGAGGCUUUGGCCGUUGAGUCAACUGCGGCAGAGGUUACUCCGGAUGAACAGCCUGCAAGGGAUGAGGCCAAACAGGAGCAGACACCGACCGUGCCAGCUGACACGAGCGGUCUCGGAGGUGUCGAUGGUCUGUUCGCGUGUCCCAGAUGCGCGCUCUCUGGUGUCGAUGGUAACACGCUGGCACGCCACCUGAUAGAGGACUGUGAGGCAGAUUGUGCAACCCUCCAGCCGGAUCCCGAGAUCGUUGCCGCUCGAAGGCAGGCUGAGGAACAGAUGCGCUUGCAACAGGAACAGGAGGCUGCCUACGGUGCUGGAGUUGUCCAGGGUGAUGAUGCCGGUCAAGUAGUCUACCAAUUGCAACCCGGCCCAGAUGAGGCGGCGUCGGAUGUGCUUCACGCGCCCGAGGAACAGCAAGUCGCCGCGUUAGGCGAGGCAGGAGGUCUCCCCGCGACAAUCGACAUCACCGACCCGGCUGGUGAGGUCGUGCAGCGCCUAGUGAUACCCGAGGAUCUUCACCUCGAGCCCGGCCAAACGCUCAUCCUCAUCCAGGGCGAGGACGGCCAACCCCAACUGGCCGUCAUCAACCAAGCUGAUUGGGACGCAAACAACCAACAACUGGCAAUGCAAACCGACGACGACACGUCAAACCUCCUACUCUACGGGAAUGCCGAAGGUGACGUAGCGGUGCCUGAGGAGGAGAAGGAGAACCAGCUAUAG